ACGUAAUCAAGAUGGCGGGAAGUGGGUUGGACGUUGGCGUCGCGUUGCGUCUUGUCUGUUUGUAGCCUGGGUGCACUUUUAUCCCUUACAUUUAGAUCGUAUCCUGUACAAGAAAACAUCAGACAUGGAUGCCGGACCGAUGGUGAAGAUAUGUGACAUCAACCCCCACAUCGUGUGUAUCCUGUGUGCCGGGUACUUCAUCGAUGCCACCACCGUCACAGAGUGUCUCCACACAUUUUGUAAGAGUUGCAUAGUGAAGUACCUCCAGACCAGUAAGUUCUGCCCCAUGUGCAAUAUCAAGAUCCACGAGACACAGCCUCUGCUCAACCUGCGCCCUGACAGGACCAUGCAGGACAUCGUCUACAAGGUGGUGCCUGGGCUCUGGGAAAAUGAGGUGCAGAGACAAAAAGAGUUUUAUCGCUGUCGAGGCAUGGACAAAACACGAGCUCUAGGUCCAUCAGCCACUGUCAACAGAGAGGAUGUGGACAACUCUAAGAACCACUACUACAGGCAUGAUGAACAGGUAUCCAUGUGCCUGGAAAGACACAGUACCUCUGUUGUGUCGGAGUCUGAGGAUGAAGAUGAGAUUAGAACUUACAUGAAGCCAUUGCAACACAAAUUUAUUCGAUGCUCUGUGCGGGCGGCAGUUGUACACAUCAAAAAGCUCAUAGUGAAGAAACUUGCGGUACCAAGGAGACUGGAGGUAGAGGUGUUAUGUAACGGCAGAGUUCUCCCCAAGUCAGUCACCAUGAAGUACAUCUGGUUGUCCCACUGGCAUGGCAAGGCUGCUCCCAUGGUGCUCCAUUAUCGCCUCAGGCCGAGAGCGCUGACGUCCAAGAGUGACUCGAGCGGCUAACUGUGCGGAGGGGUCCAGCUGAAGUUCUGCACCAGUGGGGGAGGGGGGCAGGAAUUGGGCCGCCCCUUGUAAAAUAACGCAUAAGGGUCUGAAGCAAAGAAGUUCUUAAUAAUACUUAUAUGGACAGUCUGUCCUCAUAUUUGCUUGUUUUUUUCUUCAGAUUUAUGUUUAUGUAUGAUGGUAGGUUCAAUCAUGUUUGGUCAUGUAGAUACAGACAUGUAGUUCAAGUUUUAUAGCACAUUAUAUGUUCAUGACAAAACAGUCUCACUGCCCAGUCCGCGCUCUUCAUUAAAUGUCAGCAAAUAUGUACUUAAUUUUGGGGUUCUGUGAAGGUAAAUGUAUGAUGGCAUACUGUUCUGUGCAAGGUAGGAGUCUCUCUGCUCAUUCAUGCCAUUUUGAAUAUGUAUGCAUGUAAGAGAUUGUGUUUGAUAAGGCCUAGGAAAAAAAUUGUUGCGUUUCCUG